AUGGUGGAUCUUUGCUUCUCUAUCUACCCUUACGCAAAACUACAUGCUCUUCUCUUUGUAACCAUCUUUCUCAUUGCAUUUGGUGGUUUAGUACUUUAUACUGUAAGUGAUGGUAGUCUUGCAGAAGCCCUUUGGAUUUCUUGGACAUUUGUGGCAGAUUCAGGGAAUCAUGCAGGUAGAGUUGGCACUGGAUCAAGAAUUGUUUCAGUCACCAUAAGUUCAGGAGGGAUGUUGAUCUUUGCAAUGAUGCUAGGGCUUGUUUCAGAUGCUAUCUCAAAGAAAGGUUCACUUUUGAAGCAACUGGCAAUAGCAAACAAGAGCAUUGGUGGUGGUGUGGUGGUUGUCCUGGCGGAAAGUGACAAGGAGGAGAUGGAGAUGGAUAUAGCAAAACUUGAGUUCAACUUCAUGGGCACUUUAGUUAUAUGCAGAAGUGGUAGUCCUCUUAUACUUGCUGACUUGAAAAAGCUUUCAGUUUCAAAAGCACGUGCUAUAAUAGUACUUGCAGCAGAUGAAAAUGCAGAUCAAGAAGAUGAAGAAAUGUUGAUAUGUGGGAAUGAAAGUGGUUCAAUUAGAUGUGGUGUUGUGAUGGCCUCACAGAGCCUGCAACUUUGGGGGAGAGUGACUGAGCUUCUUGUUGCCCAUUUUAUAUGGUUGGAUUAUAAUUAUCCAGCUAAGCCUAUUUAUCUUUACAUUAAUUCAUCCGGAACACAGAAUGAUAAAAUGGAGACAGUGCGGUCUGAAACAGAAGCAUACGCCAUUGUUGACAUCAUGGCUUACUGCAAAUCAGUGGUGUAUGCAGUCAAUUGUGGGAUGGCAUUUGGUCAAUUAUCAUUCCUCUCAUAUGCUCUCAACAUUGGCUGCAUUUAA